AUGCCUGGCAUCAAAAGAUCCAGGCCAGCAGAGGAUGCGGCUGCCUCUUCGGCUGCCAGCUCCUCCUCCAAACCCGCCUCAGCCACCAAAAAGACAAAGAGCAACACUGCCGCCUCGACCUCGACCUCCUCGGCCCCUUCAACAUCGCUCCUCUCCGCACAGGAAGUCGACUUCCCGCGUGGAGGAAGCUCGGGCCUCACUCCCCUCGAGUUCAGAGAGGCAAAGCGCGAGGCUCGCUCAGAGUCAGCCGCCAACGAGCUCCUCUUCAAGGACGCCAAGGACGAGCAGGCCGAAGCCAGGCGCAACAAGAACAAGCAAAAGCUGAACCGCGAGAAGCGCAACGAUGCCAAGAAGAAGCGUUCAUCGGCUGCCGCAGCUGCUCCUACCACCAAGGCCGAAAGAAAAGACCACAACCGUAUCGAGCACAUCAACUACAAGCGUCUUAUCCCCGGCUCCAGGUUGCUUUGCUCCGUCUUGGCCAUUCACCCGCUUGCCGUCGUCGUCUCGUUGCCCAACCAGAUGCUUGGUCACAUUCCCGUCACUCAAAUCAGCCCACAGUUCACACAGCGUCUUCAGGCUGCUGCUGAUGCCAGUGCCGAAGACGACGAAGAGGAGGAGGACGACGACGAAAGCAUGGACGAGGACAGCGACGACGAGGAUGGGGACAACACUCACACCAACGGUGCGUCAGGCAAGGAUGCAAAGAAAGUGCCCGAGUUGCGCGAGCUCUUCUAUGUCGGACAGUGGCUCGUUGCUAGCGUCGUGCAGGUGCGAUCUGGCGACGUUGCCAAGGGUCGACCCACACGUGAAGGAGGCGAAUACGAAAAGGAGUCACGCCGUGUAGAGCUCUCUCUUGCUCCCCACCUCGUCAACGCUGGUGUGUCCGUCUCCGACCUCGACACCGGCGCCACCCUCUCUGCAGCCAUCUCGAGCGUCGAAGACCACGGCUAUAUGCUCGACGCCGGUCUCCCCGAGUUCCGCGGUUUCAUCCCCUUCACCGAUGCUGCCAAGCUUCCCACCAGCUUUCGCGCAGGCAAGAACGGCAAGUCGCUGCAGGUUGGCAGUGUCGUUUUCGCAAAGAUCACAAAAAUUCCCGAAAACCAGCGCAGCUUCGAAGCGACCCUCGACCCUAAAACUGUCUCGACUAGCCCGAUCAAGCACGCUCCCAGCAUUACCGCCAUCCUGCCCGGAACCCUCACCAAGGUGCUCAUCACCGCCUCGCUCCCCACCGGUCUUAACGUCAAGCUGUUUGGCAUGUUCGAUGCCACCAUCGACCGAUUCCACCUGCCCGAGUUGCCCGAGGGCAAGGAUAUCCCCGACGUCUACAAGGAGGGCUCCAAGCACGUCGCCCGUGUACUGUGGGACUUGCUCGCACCGCCCUCCGCGGCUUUGCAGGGUGAGAAUCCAGAGCACGAGCGCAAGUUUGGUCUUUCGUUGGCGCCUCAGGUGCUUGCUCUCGAAGCUCCCGUCGCCAAGGAUGCCCAGCUGCUUCAACACGCUUAUCCCAUCGGUGCUGCGCUCAAGGUGACCGUGGUGCAGACCAUCAACGACUGGGGUCUCAUCGUCACCAUCAACGGCACGGACCUGCGCGGAUUCGUGCACAUUUCGCAAGUCUCGGACGACCACGUUGUUGCGCUGCCUCCCUCUUCGGGGCCCUUUGCCAAGGGUUCGGCGCACAAGGCUCGCGUUGUCGGCCACUCGCCCACCGAUCGCACGCUGCAGCUCUCGCUCAAAGCCUCGGUCCUGGAGCGCAAGUUCAUGCGCGUCUCUGAGGUGGAAGUUGGCGAAGUGGUCAACGCCAGCAUCAUCAAGCUCGCCCUGCCCAAUGCCAUCUUCCUGCAGCUGCAUGGCCAUGUCGACGGUGUCGUCUUCUCUAAUCACUUUGCCGAUGUCAAGCUCACCCAGCCCGAAAAGCGAUUCAAGCCGGGUCUCCAGGUGAAGGCGCGGGUCAUGGACGUCGACCCGAGUCGCAACCGCAUUGUGUUGACGCUCAAGAAAUCGCUCGUCAAGUCGGACCUGCCCAUCGUCGCUUCGCUGCAGGAUGCACGCGUCGGCGUCGUCACCAACGCAACCGUGUCCCGCGUGCAGACCAACUCGCUCAUCGUCAGCCUCUUUGGCGGGCUCAAGGCGCUCGUGCCUGGCCGUGAGGUGAGCGAAGAUGACUUCAACGAUGUCAAGAGCGGGUUCGCGGAAGGAAAGGUGAUCAAGAUGAGGAUCACCGAGGUCGACUAUGAGAACCAGAAGCUCGUGGGCAGCAUCAAGCAGGCUUCGCCCGAGUUCCUCGCCAAGCUCAAUGUGGAUGCGGUUGACGUGGGCGAGAAGGUGACGGGUAAGGUGGCUGCUGUGCACAAGGAAGUGGUGGUGCUGACGCUGGUGCCUUCGGGCGUGCGUGCGUUGUUGUCGCUUGCCGUAUUGGCCGAUAUCAGGGGCACGACGCCAGAGGCGCUGCUCGAGACGCUCGAGGAGGACCAGGAGAUCGAGGAUCUCGUUGUGUCAGUCAAGAAUCCGGCUAAGGGAAUUGUGAUCGUCGCUGACAAGGUCCGCGCAAGCAAGAAGGCCGACGAAGGAGCCAAUGGCGCUACCGUGGGUCCAGUCAAGCAAGGCGCCGUGGUGCCGGGUCGUGUGAUCCAGAAGAACGACAAGUACCUUGACUGCGUUGUUGCUAUUGGCACUGCUACCCGUGCUACGCUCCAGAUGACCGACAUCGCCGACGACUUCUCCAGCGAGGUCACCCUCCCCAGCCCGGGCCAGAACCUCCAAUGCUAUGUCGUCUCUCUCAAGCCCAACGGCAAGAGCGCCGUUAUCUCCACCCGCCCCUCCCGCGUCAGCCCUUCCAGCUCCACCGUCGUGGCCGAUCCCGAGAUCACCUCGAUCAGCGACCUCGCCAAGGGUCAAAAGGUCCGCGGUUUCGUGAAAGCCAUCACCAAUGUCGGACUGUUCGUCAACGUCGGCCGCAAGCUCGAUGCGCGUGUGCAGGUGCGCGAGCUCUUUGACGAGUUCGUGCGCGACUGGAAGACGCGUUUCACGGUAGGCCAGGUCGUUUCCGGUACCAUCAUGGACCUGAACGCGAACAACAACGAGAUCGAGAUGUCGCUCAAGUCGACGCCUGGGUCCAUCAAGCCGCGUGCCGAGCGCGAUGCCGAGCGCGCACAGGCGCAGGACGCCAAGCGUGCCAAGAGGCUAUCUGACUUCAAGGUCGGCGACAAGGUCAAAGGUUUUGUGAAGAACAUCAUCGACUUUGGCGUGUUUGUGCAGAUCGAGGGGACCAACGUCUCUGGUCUGGCACACAUGAACGAGCUCAGCGACGGAAAGGCGGCCGAGGCGCUCAAGGCUUUCAGGGUUGGUGACAAGGUGCGCGCGAUCGUGUUAAGGGUCAACGAGGAGAAGAAGAAGAUCAGCUUUGGUUUGAAGCCGUCUUACUUUGACGCUGCUGAUUUCGAGGAUAGCAGCGACGAGGACGACGACGACGACGAGGAAGUGGAUGAGGAUGAGGAGAUGGAGGGCGCUGAUGCUGAUGCUGGCUCUGAUGGCGAGGAGGACGAGGAUGAGGAGAGUGGUGACGACGAUGACGACGAGGGCGACUUUGUCGAGAUGGACGAAGACAGCGAUGCCGAGGAGGACGAUGAAGCCCCCAAGUCGAAAAAGUCUGCGCUUCCAGCUCUGGCGCUCUCGGGUGGCUUCUCGUGGUCUGCCGGUGCCAACGACGACGACGAGGUCUCAGACAAUGGCCUUUCUUCGUCCGAGUCCGACUCUGACUCUGAUUCCGACACUGCCGCCUCUGCAGCUGCCAAGAAAGCUGCCCAGCGCAAGGAAAAAGCCAAAUCCAAAGCGCGCAAAAACACACUCGAAGAAGACCUCACCGCGGACCUGGCGUCGAAAGCGCCCGAAUCCGCCACCGACUUCGAACGCCUGCUGCUCGGCUCGCCCAACUCGUCGUUCCUCUGGAUCCAGUUCAUGUCGUUCGCGCUGCAGCUCUCGGACGUGGACAAGGCGCGCGAGAUUGCGCGUCGUGCGCUCAAAGUGAUCAACUACCGCGAGGAGCAGGAACGCAUGAACGUGUGGAUUGCGCUGCUCAACCUCGAGAACACGUACGGCUCGGACGAGACGCUGGACGCAACGUUCCGCGAGGCUGUGCAGGCAAACGACGGGUUCACGAUGUACCUCAAGAUGGUCAACAUCUUGGAAACGUCCGAAAAGCAUGAGGCGGCGGAGGAGAUGUUCGUCAAGGCCAAGGCAAAGUACUCGACGCAGCCGGAGUUCUGGAUCGAGUAUGCGCGCUACUUCUUGCGCACGGGUCAGGCGGAUGCGGCACGCGCGCUGUUGCCGCGAGCGAUGCAGGCGCUGGACAAGCGUCAGCACACGCAGACCAUUACGGCGUUUGCCAUCAACGAGUUCAAGCUCGGCGACGCGGAGCGCGGACGCACCAUCUUCGAGGGCCUGGUGGACAGCUACCCGAAGAGGCUGGAUCUGUGGUGGCAGUACCUGGAUCAGGAGUCGCGGCUGGAGGACAACCAGGUGCAGGUGCGCAACCUGUUUGAGCGAACGCUGACGCUCAAGUUGACGGCCAAGAAGGGCAAGAGUCUGCUGAAGAAGUGGCUCGAGUACGAAAAGUCCCACGGCGACGCAAAGAGUCAGCAGAAGGUGUUGAAGAAGGCCAAGGAAUUCGUGGACGAGAUCAACAGCAAGAAUGCUCAGCCUCAGGACGAAGAAGAGGAGGAUGACGAGGAGUAG